AUGGACGCACCAACUUUGCCAGCGCAUUUGCGCUAUCUUAACGAUGCUGCUCAUCUCCUUAGGGCGUCGGCCCCCGAGACCUCGGCGUAUCUAAUGAGCCACCACAACGAGCUCAUGUUCAUCAACGAUGUUGAGCAAAACGACAUUCAACGACAGCACGUCUGCGGCGCCUGCGGUCACAUCAUGAACCCCGGCCAGGGCAGUUCGCUCAAGCUCGAAACUGAGAAGGCGUUGAAGAGGAAGAGGCGCAGGGUCAAGACUCAAGCAUCCAAGACAAAAGCUGAACUCCAGCGGCGGUCUGGCACGCGAAAGCUUUUCAGCUGUGGAAAGUGCAACCGCACCACCAAGAUCUCGUUCUCUGCGCCGCCACCGGCCGUGAGACGCCGAUCCAAAAUUGAGCAGCUGCCCGCGGCGAAGAAUCAGCAAGCCGCGGCGGGCGAGGCAGCUAAACCGGCCACGUCCAACUCUAGCAGCAAGAAGCGUGCGAAGAAUCGCAAGGCCGGGUUGCAGGCUCUGCUUAGCCAAGCCAAGACCUCGUCCUCAGGUGCCAGGAACUUGAGUCUUGCCGACUUUGGACGGUUGGGAUGA